ACUCCCUUCACCUAGACUAUACUCACUGUGCCAUGAUACUCUUGUGUUUGCGUGAUAUCCUUGUCACUUUGCUCGUCCUUUUCUAUGGAGGAGUGGUGAGAGCAUUUCCAAGUUUGCCUCAUGCACAUUCAAGACAGGUUCCAGUGGUCGAUACGCCCUCUCAGCUCAACCCGUAUCCUGAUAAACCACGUCUCACCUUCAGUUCUUCUGGGACCUUUAAACUGACCGUAUUCUCGGAUCUUCAUUAUGGCGAAAAUCCCUGGGAUGACUGGGGACCUCAACAGGAUGUUAAUAGCACACGCCUGAUGCGCGCUAUACUAGCUUCUGAGAAGCCUGACUACGUCGUACUGAAUGGAGAUUUAAUCACUGGUGAAAAUACAUUUCGGGAGAAUUCUACCACUCUCAUCGAUCGCAUAGUGGCUCCUCUAAACGACGCAAAAAUACCUUUUUCGUCUACACAAGGGAACCAUGACAAUGAACGAAACAUCACACAUCUUGAAGAAAUACGACGGGAGCAGCUCGAUAGCUACCUGAGCUACACUCGCACUGCACCGCCUGGUAUUGGAGGGGAAGGAGGGGAGGGCACAUACUGGGUUCCGGUCUACGAAAAAGCGACAGAUCUAACACCUGCUUUGAUCUUGUGGUUUUUUGAUUCCCGAGGCGGUUGGUCCCCUGGACCUACAUCUGCACCGCUACCCGACUGGGUGGAUGCCUCUGUAGCAGGAUGGAUUAAGCGCGAGACAGAUGCAAUGGAAGCUGGGUGGGAUUCAGUAGAAAGGAGAGAGCGGGGAGCGUUAGCCUUCGUACAUAUACCUCCACAUGCGAUCGAGAGUGUGCAAAAGACAUUGAACACCACGCGAGACCCAGGACUCAAUGCCGACACUCUAGCUCAGGGAUCAACACAAGCCACUAGUGACCCGUCGUCGGCUGGAAAGGACCAACCGUUCUGGGAUGCGUUGAAUGCCAACAUCAAGAACUUACACGCAGUGAUCUCUGGGCACGAUCAUGGCAACGAGUGGUGUGCCCGUGAGCCUUCGAAGGAUGUUAUAUUCUGUUUUGACAAGCACUCCGGAUAUGGUGGCUACAGUAGCUCAGGAUGGGGCCACGGCAUACGGAAUAUCGUGUUCCCCUCUGCAGAUCCUGCAAGUGGGCUUGAAACGUGGAUCUUACUCGAGGACGGGCAGACAAGGGCAAGAGUUACACUGGACAACAACUAUGGUCGGUGAUCUGCGAUUAGGUGGCCCCACGUUUGCUGUAUACAUACUUACCUGUGGGAGUUAAAACGUUAACACAGCGUCACACACGUUUGCACUUUUUUGGACGAGAACAGUUCACAUGGAUCAGUCAUUGAUGACCACAUUACUUAGCCAUGAAAAGCCUCCGCAACUAAUCGCCCCUGCCAAGAUCGGGACAAUAUUAAUAGACGAAGAAAAGAGGUUGAAGCUAUGCAUGUCAAGGAUCCUUUAACACAAGAAACUAUCAU